GAUCGAAUAAAAUGCCUACUUUGUCCUCAGAAUACCUAGACGAGCAUCCCUGUUUGUGCACCAGCCGAUUCAGACAUGUUCUCCAUCAACUGGAUCACAAUCAGCACAAGAAGCUGGCCGAUUUAUGUGGACAACUCAGACUACUCACCUCCGUCUCAUCUGAGCAUCUGUACUCAACCACUCAAUACUACAACACCAUCAUUCAAAGGAUCUUUGACUACGAGUCCCUGAAGGUGGCCUCAUAUGUGGUGGAACGGUCCAUCGAAUACGGAAACGAUCAGGCCCUCUCGGCGAAAUUGGAGGCCAUCUUGGCCCGAUUGGUCUCGGACUAUCGAGCCAUUUUUGCCAUCGAGGAGAAAUGGGUGAUCGAUAAACAUCAGAAGACCGAGGACACGACCAAUGCAGCGGCCGGGAAGGCCACCGAAGUCCACCGAAAACGUCACGAGGGCGAGGACGAGUGUCCCGAGGAAAUCAAGCUUAU